ACUGAGGCGCCGCCCCCAAGCGCCCUGCGGGCCAGGUGUCCCCUCGGAGAAGCCGGCGCGGGACAGGGCGCCACGCGUGGGUCGCGCCGGCCCCUCCACUGGAUGGACGCCCGACGCUGCCUCCGGGGCGGGGACAGCUGCGGCCACCGUGCGCCCGGCGCGGCGACCCCUUCCGCGGCUCGCAGGGUCCGGGGCGGCGGGUCCCGGCGCGCGGUGGCGGCCGGAGGGGGACGCAGCUGCCGCCCCCGCGGCCACCGGGGCCCCGUCGCCCGCGCGCUCGGGCAGGUGCCAGGUGCGCGGUGCCCAGCCGGGCGCCCGCGUCCUCCCGCCCCGCCGCCAGGGCGCCGCGCCCGCCCCGCCCCCGCCCGCGGGCCGCCCGGGGCCGCGCCUGCAGCUGCGGUCGGCGAGCCGGGGCCGGGCACGGGCCGGCGACCGGGGGCGGAGGGCGGGUGAGAGUGGCCGAGGGCUCGCGUGGGGACCGAGCCGGGAGCUGCGGAGAUCUGGCCGGCGGCGUCUCAGGGCGCGAUGCGCUGAGCGCCGAGGGGCCGCGCGCGGGGCCCAUGGAGCCGGCGGGCACCGGGCGGCGCUGGCCGGGGCCGCCCGCGCCGCUGCUGCUCCUGCUGCUCCUGCAGGUGGCGGGGCCCGCGGGCGCCCUGGCCGAGACCCUGCCGGACGCCAGGGCCGUGGGCACCAGCGCCAGCCCGCCCAGCCCCGCGAGCGUGGUGGCUCCGGGGACGACGCCGCUGGAGGAGAGCCGGCUGCCCGUGUUCACCCUGGACUACCCGCACGUGCAGAUCCCCUUCGAGAUCACCCUGUGGAUCCUGCUCGCCUCCCUGGCCAAGAUCGGCUUCCAUCUCUACCACAAGCUGCCCACAAUCGUGCCCGAGAGCUGCCUCCUCAUCAUGGUCGGCCUUCUGCUCGGGGGCAUCAUCUUCGGCGUGGACGAGAAGUCGCCUCCCGCCAUGAAGACAGACGUGUUCUUCCUGUACCUCCUGCCCCCCAUCGUGCUGGACGCGGGCUACUUCAUGCCCACCCGCCCGUUCUUCGAGAACAUCGGCACCAUCUUCUGGUACGCCGUGGUGGGCACGCUGUGGAACUCCAUGGGCAUCGGCCUGUCCCUGUUCGGCAUCUGCCAGAUCGAGGCCUUCGGCCUGGGUGACAUCACCCUGCUGCAGAGCCUGCUCUUCGGCAGCCUGAUCUCCGCCGUGGACCCCGUGGCCGUGCUGGCUGUCUUCGAGAACAUUCACGUCAACGAGCAGCUCUACAUCCUGGUCUUCGGGGAGUCCCUGCUGAACGACGCCGUGACCGUGGUCCUGUACAACCUGUUCAAGUCCUUCUGCCAGAUGAAGACCAUUGAGACUGCUGAUGUGUUUGCCGGGAUUGCCAACUUCUUUGUUGUGGGAAUCGGCGGCAUGUUGAUCGGCAUCUUCCUGGGGUUCAUAGCGGCAUUUACCACGCGGUUCACACACAACAUACGGGUGAUCGAGCCACUCUUUGUCUUCCUGUACAGUUACUUGUCCUAUAUCACAGCCGAAAUGUUUCACCUCUCAGGCAUCAUGGCAAUCACCACUUGUGCAAUGACUAUGAACAAGUAUGUGGAAGAAAACGUAUCUCAGAAAUCCUACACGACCAUCAAGUACUUCAUGAAGAUGCUAAGCAGUGUCAGCGAGACCCUGAUCUUCAUCUUCAUGGGCGUGUCCACCGUGGGGAAGAACCACGAGUGGAACUGGGCCUUCGUCAGCUUCACGCUGGCCUUCUGCCUGGUCUGGAGAGCCCUGGGUGUCUUUGUCCUGACUCAGGCCAUUAACUGGUUCCGGACAAUUCCCCUGACCUUUAAGGACCAGUUCAUCAUUGCCUAUGGAGGGCUCCGAGGGGCCAUCUGCUUUGCGCUGGUGUUUCUCCUUCCCGCCGCUGUGUUUCCCCGGAAAAAGCUCUUCAUUACGGCUGCAAUCGUCGUCAUAUUCUUCACUGUCUUCAUUCUGGGAAUAACCAUUCGGCCACUAGUGGAGUUUCUUGAUGUUAAAAAGGCCAGUAAGAAGCAGCAGGCCGUGAGUGAGGAGAUCCACAGCCGGUUUUUUGACCAUGUGAAGACUGGGAUUGAAGACGUCUGUGGACACUGGGGCCACAAUUUUUGGAGAGACAAGUUUAAAAAGUUUGAUGACAAAUACCUGCGGAAGCUUUUGAUUCGGGAAAACCAGCCCAAGUCGAGCAUCGUGUCUUUGUACAAAAAGCUGGAGAUCAAGCACGCCAUCGAGAUGGCGGAGACCGGGCUGAGGAGCGCGGGGCCUUCCUUUGCGUCUCUGAAUGACUGUCAUGAAGAAAAAUUAAGGAAGCUUACACCUGGUGAAAUGGAUGAAAUUCGAGAAAUAUUAUCAAGAAAUCUCUAUCAAAUCCGCCAGCGAACUUUGUCAUACAACAGACACAAUCUGACGGCUGACACAAGUGAGAGACAAGCCAAGGAGAUUCUCAUCCGCCGAAGGCACAGUUUGCGCGAGAGCAUCCGGAAAGACAGCAGCUUGAGUCGGGAGCGCAGGGCUUCCACGUCAGCCUCCCGGUACCUGUCCUUACCCAAAAAUACGAAGCUUCCAGAAAAGCUACAGAAGAAAGGGAAUGUUUCUAAUGCAGGUGACAACAGCAGUGACUCGGACGCAGAUGCCGGGACCACUGUCCUCAACUUGAAGCCCCGCGCGAGGCACUUCUUGCCGGAGCAGUUCUCACAGAAGGCGGCCCAGGCCUGCAGGAUGGAGUGGAAGAACGAGGUGGACGUCGAUGCCGCCCGGCAGCCCUGCACCCCGGCACCCCACCGCAGGGAGGGGGCCACGCAGACCCCGGGCGCGCUGCGGCAGCCCCUGCUCCCCCAUGGCCAGCUAGGCCCCGGGCAGGAGGGCCCCCCGACUGAGAGCCAGCGACCCAGGCCGCCCCCGAGGCUGGUCCGAAGGGCCUCGGAGCCUGGAGGCCGCAAGGCUCGCUGGGGGAGUGAGCGGCCCUAGCGGGAAAGGCCUGGGCAGCCAGCACCACUAUCACUGCUCCAAACACAGGGACCCAGGUCGCCCUCCAGGCCUCAUCCUCUCCUGGAGAGUGGAGUCACGCCCUUGAUUAACAAGCCAAUUGCCUAUCCCGAGAAGUGGAAAGUCAACAAGAAAACGUCCCGUGAAAUGUCUUUUAUGAGUUGCGAGCAGUUGUAGUCUUUGCAGAGCUGAGUAAAAAAAUGUGUGCCUUCAUUGAACUUGAAUGACUGAACUUGACAUUUUUAGCACACCCUUGUCGGUGAAAAUUUUAAUAUAUGCAUAUGCCUCAAAUUUUAUUUAUGAAAAAGUAUGUUUAUCUGUGGUCAGUUUUUAAGUGAAUGGCCCUAAAAAUACUCUGAAGAUCUUCCCGAGGCGUAGCGGCAGCUCCUGUGGCCAGGGCUCCUGGUGGCCGGGGCUCCUGGUGGUAGGGGGCUCCUGGUGGCCGGGGCUCCUGGUGGCCGGGGCUCCUGGUGGCUGGGGCUCCUGGUGGCCAGCACUCCUGGUGGCUGGGGCUCCUGGUGGCCGGGGCUCCUGGUGGCCAGCACUCCUGAUGGCCGGGGGCUCCUGGUGGCUGGGGUUCCUGGUGGCCGGGGCUCCUGGUGGUCGGGGCUCCUGGUGGCCGGGGCUCCUGGUGGCCGGGGCUCCAAGUGGCCGGGGGCUCCUGAUGGCCAGGGCUCCUGGUGGCCGGGGGCUCCUGGUGGCCGGGGGCUCCUGGUGGCCAGGGGGGCUCCUGGUGGCUGGGGGCUCCUGGUGGCUGGGGCUCCUGGUGGCCAGCACUCCUGGUGGCUGGGGCUCCUGGUGGCCGGGGCUCCUGAUGGCCAGAACUCCUGAUGGCCAGGGGCUCCUGGUGGCUGGGGUUCCUGGUGGCCGGGGCCUCCUCGUGGCUGGGGGUUCCUGGUGGCUGGGGUUCCUGGUGGCCGCGGGUUCCUGGUGGCUGGGGCUCCUGAUGGCCGGGGCUCCUGGUGGCCGGCGCUCCUAGUGGCUGGAGUUCCUGGUGGCUGGUGCUCCUGUUGGCUGGUGCUCCUGGUGGCUGGCAGCCGGCACUCAGAGCCCGGCCUCCCUGGCUCCAUCCUGAGCUCAGGAGCAGCUGAGGGCCUGGCUCUGAGCCCCACCCAGGAAGAAUGAAAAUCAGCUGGUUUUUAUUUGUUCCUCAUUCUACGUGAGUUGGGGUGACAUAUGGAUUCCAUCGCCUCUUCGUGUGUAAAUGGCGCAAAGAGAAAGGCUGUGUGGGUGACACCCGUCUGUGGGUGUGACAGACGCGUGGCAGCUUCGAUGAAGUGACACUGUGGGGCCUCUGGCGAGUGGGAGCCAGCGCAGCGCCUGCUGAAACGCGUGGGCCGGUUGGCGUGUGAGGGGCUGGAGGAGGCGGCGGGAGCGAGCCCUUCACGCCCGUCUCUGACCGUCUGCUUGGGAAUGUUUCUGUAGCGCAGUCGCGAACGUUGAACCCAGAGGCUUCAGCAGACAAGAUGGAAAGUUGAUAUAACAGUAUCCAGUGUUUAACAGGUUGGUUAGACUUCGGGUUUGACUUUUACUCAGGCAGGAAGCACUUUGGAGAGUGUGGGAGAUCUGUUAUUUUGCACUAGUUUGUAAGUUUUGAUGCCCUGCCCCCCCAAAUAAAGUGGUAACCCAUUCUUCAUAUAAAAAUUGACUCUACUCACCUGAGUGCUUUUAAAAGCACAGCAGGAAGAGCAAGCAGUGGGACAUAAGCAUUAAAGAUGACUUGAGUUUCCGUCUCUUAUAUGCAGAUUUUCUUGGACUGACAGUUUUUCUGGAAAAAACAAUAACCCUCUUUCAAAUGUGAUUGGAAGAAGAUUCUAAAUGUCAGGGUUUGGACAUGAAUUAAGCCACUCGUGUAGCUCCACGGAUUCACACUGGAGGUACAGCAAAGGGUACGCGUGGCCGCAGUAUUACUGAUGGAAAACAUGCAUAAAUUUAAAGACGCAGUCCUUAGGAACCCUUGGCAGCGGCUCUCUGCCCCCAUCUUCUCCCCCACCGAUGUGCAGAAGUAACCAUUCUAGCCUUUCUUCUCAUGCUGAAGGCUCGGGACACUGAUGGGCUGUCGGGGGAGGCAGAGGGGAGCGCUCACACAUACAAGACCCAGGCAUUGAGAGCACCAUUUCCUUCCAAACUCCCCCUAGUUGGUCGGUGGAAAGCAGUGGAGACACCAUUUGAAAACUACAGGCCUGGGAUUCUGUGCCAAAAACCUUAAUUUUAAAUGAAAAUGUGUAUAUAAAAUAUGUGUUGCAUCUGCUGAAAAUAAAUUAAAACUGAUUUACUUUGAAAUUUUACUAUAGGAAUAUGAUUCAAGAGAUAUGAUGUGUUUUUUUGAGACUGCCAAGAGUGAAUUUUAAGUAGUUCGUUUAUGAAACUUGAAAAGGAAGGUUGAAAUGGAAAAUGAUCUUAAAAAGAAAUUUCCUAAUUUUUCCUGGUGUUAUUAAUAAAUAUUAUAAGGAGUGGAACUCUCUGGAACUGAAGGAGAAUAAAAUUAAAUUUUUUAUAACACUACUUCUUAAGUUGGUACACCAAAUUCAGCUUCCCCUUAUUAAGAGUUAGAUAAAUUUCAUGGCAUUGUGUAAAUUUUGAAAAAGGGAAUGUCAUUUAUCUUUAUUAUCAGUAUAAAUUUCCCCCUAUUUGUUGGUUGAUAAAAAUAAAAAAUAAAUUUGACUUCAUUUA